AUGGACGCCCGCAAGCAUCGAGAUUUACCCCUCCUGUCUCGACGGCAGGUGGAAGGGCUCAUCGCGAGUGGACGCACCAUUAUCAUCGUGGACGAACAUGUGUUGAAGGUCGACGCAUGGCUGAAGUACCACCCUGGCGGUGACAAGGCCAUCAUGCACAUGGUCGGUCGUGAUGCCACGGACGAGGUUACAGUGUUGCAUUCCCCGGAAGCAAGAGAGCAGAUGAUGCGCUACCGCAUUGGCCGAGUAGAGGGACGAUGGGAGAACUUCUUACCACCAAUCCAGGGAGGGAGCUUCCGCGAUAUGGCCACAGAAACACCACAGGGCGAAGAGCAGACUUCCACCUCCAGUGAUACCGACUCGCGCGAAGCCUCACCCGUCUUUGAUGCUGAAAAGCCCCUUGCUCACCGCCGACACAACACCACAACCACCAACACUAGAGGCCACUCCUCGUCGGCCAGCUCAGUAUCAUCGCAUGACGAUGACCACAAAAUGACACCUACGGGGUUCCUAGACGCCCAAACGAAAAAGGAGAUCAGCCUGGACCUCGAUCGAUACCCGUCACUCGACAUCAAAACACAACACGAAAUUGUUGUCAAAUAUCGUCUCCUCAACAAAAGGAUACAGGCGGAAGGGCUUUACGACUGCAACUACCUUUCCUAUGCCAUCGAGAUGGUGCGCUACUCUCUCCUCUUCAGUGGCAUGCUACUCUUCCUGAGCUGGGGUUGGUAUGUCCCGAGUGCCAUGUGUCUUGGUAUCUUUUGGCAUCAACUUGUCUUUGCCGCCCACGAUGCAGGUCACAUGGGCAUUACCCACGAUUUCCACAUCGACACAUGCAUUGGCAUCUUCAUCGCCGACUUCCUGGGUGGGUUGUCCUUGGGCUGGUGGAAGCGGAGUCACAAUGUUCACCACAUUGUCACCAACUCCCCCGAGCACGAUCCAGACAUCGAGCACAUGCCCUUCUUCGCCGUUUCCCACCGACUUUUGGGCAAUCUCUACUCGACGUACUACGACCGACUGAUGAAGUACGAUGCAUUUGCCAAAGUGAUGCUAUCUGUGCAGUCCAAGACGUAUUAUCCGAUCAUGCUGUUCGGCCGCUUCAACCUCUAUGUCCUCUCCUGGGAUCACCUGAUCGCCGGUCGCGCGCCACGGCACGGACCGGCGUGGUGGCAUCGUUGGCUCGAGGUGGUCGGCCAAGCGUUCUUCUGGGCUUGGUUCGGGUACGGCAUCGUGUAUAGGUGCAUCCCGACGGCCUGGGACCGGGUUGUCUUCGUCAUCGUGAGCCACAUGCUGCAGGCGCCGCUGCAUAUCCAGAUCACGCUCUCUCACUUUGCCAUGAGCACCGCUGAUCUGGGGCCGGCCGAGUCCUUUCCCCAAAAGAUGCUUCGCACCACCAUGGACGUGGACUGCCCGACCUGGCUAGACUUUUUCCACGGCGGGCUGCAGUUUCAGGCGAUCCAUCACCUGUACCCUCGUAUCCCGCGCCACAAUCUCAGGCGGACCCAGAAGUUGGUGCAGGAAUUCUGCGUCGAUGUCGGUAUUCCAUACGCACUCUAUGGCUUUGUGGACGGCAACAAGACCGUCAUCGGCAAGCUCGCCGAAGUGUCCCGACAGGCAGCCAUUUUGGCAGAGUGCCAAAAGCAUGUCGCGAGUCACGAAUAG